CUCUUCUCACCAUUGCAGUAGUACAGCUCUGACACACCACACAAGGCCACUGGCCUGGCCACAGGGCUCUCUCUCUCUCUCUCUCUCUCAAACAAGCUUGGAUUCCUGACAGUGCAAGCAAAGCAAAGCAAGCAGAGCCGAAGCUUGGAGUAUUUCUCUUGCUUCAUCCCCUCUCUUAUUUACACAACACAUCUGAGAGACAUACAGCAAGCUCUCUCCCCAUUGGCCAUAUCUAGCUCGUAGUCUACACUGCCUCUAAACCUUGACAUUUCCUUUGUAUUCCCCUUUCCAAUUUGCAGUAGUUUGUAGGUAGACCGCAAGGUGGUUUUUUCUUGCAGCAAUGGCGGCCAAGGUUUGACAAGGCAUGACGUCCUGAUUAAGCCCCCUCGCGGCAGCCACAAGAUUUGUUGCAGCGUGAGACAGGAGCUGCGGCUGCGGAGGAAGUGAGCAAAAGCAUGGAUCUUUCCGGCACGCAGGGCGAGCUGCCGAUGGCAACAAUGCACGCCGGCGGGUCGCCGUACCUGGGGCUGCACCACGGGCACCCACAGCAGCACAACCAUGGCGCGAACGGCCGGCACAUGUCGCCGCCGGAUGUGGUGGCGGAGGAGGCCAAGAACCGGCAGCUGGCGGUGGUGCCCGUGGGCACAGGAGGCGGAGGCGGGGCAGGGGUGAGGUACCGCGAGUGCCUGAAGAACCACGCGGCUGCCAUCGGCGGGAGCGCGACGGACGGGUGCGGCGAGUUCAUGCCCGCGGGCGAGGAGGGGUCGCUGGACGCGCUCCGGUGCUCGGCGUGCGGGUGCCACCGCAACUUCCACCGCAAGGAGCCGCCGGGCGGCGACGGGCGGCAGCUGUACGGGCACCACCACCACCACCCGCUGAGCCCGCUGGCCGCGGUGCACCCCCACCAUCACCGGGGGCUGCUGGUGGCGGCGCUUCCCCCGGCGCCGACGCGCAUGGUGAUGCCGCUGAGCGCCGCCAUGCACCAUCACCAGCAGCCGCCGCAGCAGCACCACAGCUCGGCGUCAGCGGACUCCGACGACGCACACGUGCCAGGGGUGCGCGGGGGGGAGGUGCAGCAGCAGCAGCAGGCACCGGCACGGAAGCGGUUCCGGACCAAGUUCACCGCGGAGCAGAAGGCCCGGAUGCUGGGGUUCGCGGAGGACGCCGGGUGGCGGCUGCAGAAGCUGGACGAGGCGGCGGUGCAGCGCUUCUGCCAGGAGGUCGGCGUGAAGCGGCGCGUGCUCAAGGUGUGGAUGCACAACAACAAGCACACCCUGGCGCGGCGCGGCCACGCCGGGCUCCCCGGCGACCCGGAGCUGCUGGGGCCGCACGACGGCCAGCUCGGCAUGCCGCUCCCGGAGCCGGCGGCGGAGCCCGCAGCUGCUGCUGCGGCUGCGGCUGGACUUGGAGUGACCGACCAAGCCAUGUCUUUCGGGACUGGACGACAUUGAUCAAGAGAGUCUAAUGCUGACUGAAUCAGCCUUGCGGCAUAGGGAAGCUGUUUUCUUUGUUAAUCUGCUGCUGAUCUCAUCAAUCUAGCCGUAGCUUUAGCUGCAUUCGCAUUCCACUGUUCCAUCCAUCCAUCCUAGCUAUCCAUCAACCACAAACUGAUGAUGCGGAGUCUCCAUGGAUUUCUAUUCCUUGUUGAUUUCUGUAGCUGCUCUCCCCGCUCUUGACUUUAAUUUUUUAGUGCUCGAGUGACUGGUGGUUUGGGAGGUGAGACUGAAUCACUCACUCUUCCGCCUUAUGUGUUGUUCCUUUCAUUUCAUCA